AUGGCCGCGCUGUCGUCAAUUCACGCCACGAAUGGGACGCUCAAGCCCCAGGGUCCACCGCUGAGGCUGAGGGCUGUGGUGGUUGGGGGCGGGGUCGCCGGCCUGACCGCCGCCCGCUCUCUCCUGGAUGCCGGGGCCCAGGUGUCGCUGUAUGAGAGGCGGGACAAGGCAGAGAUGCUGUCAGGCCCCGCGGGCCUGGCGCUUCAGCCCAACGCGAUGUCGGCGCUCAGGAUACUGAGCGGCGCGGCCGAGGGGAAGUCGCUGGCGGAUGACGUGGCGGCGGGCGGCGUGUGGGACAGCGUCGCGGUGGUGACGACUCGCACCGGCCAGCUGCUGAAAGAGGUGCCGCAGGACACGGCGGAGCCGCCUCGCGGCGCACCUGCAGGCACGCCGCCUCCGGUGGGAGAGUACAUUUGCAACCUCGCGCGGCCGGCGCUGCAGCAGGCGCUGUAUGCGGCUCUACCGCCCGGCACCGUCACCUGCGGCACGGCCUUCCGCUCCUUCCGGCUGCGCGAGGAUGGGCGAGUGGCGGUGCAGCUGGCGAGCGAGGGCCAAGGUGGCGAGGCGGCGGUGCAGGAGGUGGCUUGUGACCUGCUGGUGGGAGCAGACGGCAUCCGCUCCGCGGUGCGCGCCUCCCUGGAUGAGCAGAGCGGGGGCCCCCGCAGGGAGCCCGUCUACAGCGGGUAUCGCUACUACAGGGGCUUGAUAGACCUCACCCAGCUGCCAGGCGGUGUGGAUGGCUGGCGGGCUGGCCUGAACGGCCAAUGCAACCGAUUCUUCUAUGGAGAAUCUGGGACAUGCAUCCUGUACCAGGUCUCCCCCACCCAGGCCAGCUUUGCACGCUACACCCCCGCCCUGCCGGGCACCAGCCACGGCAUCAGCCCCGAGCAGGCCAAGCAGGCAGUGGUGGAGCUGUGCAGCGAGUAUGGCAGCCCCGCGCCGGAGAUGGCAGCCGCGCUGCGCCCCGCAGACAUCCACGUGGGCGAGCUGUGGAGCAUGCCGCCCAACAAGGUGCUGCGCAUGGCGGCGCUGCGGGCGGAGGUGUGGGGCCAGGGCUGUGUCACACUGGUGGGCGACGCGGCGCACGGCCUGCUGCCCACCCUGGGCCAGGGUGCAGGGCAGGGGAUAGAGGACGCGGUGGAGCUGGCUGUGGCGCUGCACCGCGCCGCGGCGGCCAAGGCUGCCUCUGCUGCCGACGGCUCGGCGCCGGUGCAGCUCAGCGCAGCGGAGCUGGAGGACAGCCUGCGCCGGUUUGAGGCGGCCCGCGGCAGCCACGUGGCGCGAGUGUAUGACAUGGCGAUGAGCCUGUUCAGGAGCAGCGCAGGCGAGACGUGGCUGACCCGCCUGCGCCGAGACUGGACAUUCAGGCUCGUUCCCAUCAGCCUGAUGCGCUCAGCCAGCGCCUGGCUCACGCACAAGAAGUUCAGCUGGGAGGGCGCAGGCGCGGGCGGGGGCGGCAGCAGCAGCACGCCGGCAAACUGA